UGCUCGUCCCCCUUCACUUCCUUUCGUUAGGCAAUCGACAGCGAGAGCGAUCGGCGGCAUGAGCAGCGGCAAGAUCGUGUGCGUCACCGGAGGCUCCGGGUACAUCGCCUCCUGGCUCGUCAAGCUCCUCUUGCAGCGCGGCUACACCGUCCGCGACCUCGAUGAUCCGAAGAAGACUGAACACUUGCGUGCUUUGGAUGGGGCCGCUGAGAGGCUUCAUUUGUUUAAAGCCAACAUACUAGAAGAGAAUUCCUUUGAUGCUGGGAUUGAGGGUUGCGAUGGUGUUUUCCACACUGCAUCUUCUUUUUACCAAGCAGUCACUGAUCCGCAGGCUGAGUUACUUGGUCCAGCAGUGAAGGGGAUACUCAAUGUGUUGGCUUCCUGCAAGAAAGUUUCCAUUAAAAGGGUAGUUGUGACAUCAUCAAUGGCUGCUGUUGAAUACAAUGGUAGACCACGAACUCCUGAUGUGGUAGUUGAUGAUACAUGGUUUUCAAGCCCUGAAAUUUGUGAGCAGGAUAAGCAAUGGUACGUUCUCUCAAAAACCUUGGCAGAGGAUGCUGCUUGGAAGUUUGCUAAGGAGAAUGCCAUUGAUAUUGUCACGAUAAACCCAGCAAUGGUCAUAGGUCCUCUUCUUCUGCCAACACUAAACACAAGUGCUGUUGCAAUCCUUAACCUGAUAAAUGGUUCAACUUCAUAUCCGAAUGCAUCGUUCGGGUGGGUUAACGUUAAAGAUGUAGCCAUGGCACACAUUCUGGCAUUUGAAGUUCCUUCAGCCUCUGGAAGAUACUGUCUAGUUGAAAGAGUUGUUCACUACUCAGAGCUUGUGAGGAUUAUACGGGAACUUUAUCCUUCUCUUCCGGUGCCCGAGAAGUGUGCUGAUGACAAACCCUUUGUGCCAAUAUACCAAGUCUCCAAGGAGAAGUACAAAAGUUUGGGACUUGACUACACUCCCAUCGAAACAAGCAUCAAGGAAACUAUUGAAAGCUUGGAGGAAAACUUUGUUAAUUUCUUAAGUUUUUAACCAGGCAAGAAAUAGAGUUUUUACCAUUGCCCAAUUUAUGAAACCAGUUAAGUGAAGGUUCAUCUACAUAUUGGAAUUCAUCGAUCAGGUGGGUAAACGUCAAAGAUGUAGCCAUGGCCUCUGGAAGAUGUUGUCUAGUCUAAAGAGUUGCUCACUAUUCAGAGGUUGCAAAGGUUAUAUGCAAACUUUAUUCUUCCCUUCAGCUACCUGAAAAGUGUGCUGAUGAUAAACCCUUUGUGCCAGUAUACCAAGUCUUCAAGGAUAAGUUUAGAAGUUUCGGGCUUGACCACAUUAUAUCGAAACAAGCAUCAAGGAAACCAUCGAGAGCUUUAAGGAGAAAAACUUCGUCAAGUUCUGAAGUUCUUCAACCGGCAAAAUGAAUUGCACUUCCAAGUUGGAGGGAAAACAUAAAUGGAUUUCAUCUUCUUCAAAUUAAGACAGAAUAAAUCACUAUUAAAAAAAGCCUUUUAAAUUAUUAUUCUUGUAAUGCUUAUUCAGCAAGCUUUUACUUGAUUUCUUUGGCUCAUACAAUUUCUUUCCUAGAACACAAAGGAUAUGGACAUUAUGCUUGGGGCUUUAAGUUCUUUUAUAUAGGAUUAAAUCUAUCCUAUCGUAACACUAGUGCGUCGUGCAGUGUUGCCCUGACAAUGACCAACAAUGUAUCUCAGACAGUUCAGUAAAUGCAAGUAAAGAUAGCUUCUCUA